UUAUCUAAUAUCUAGAUAACAACCAUUAUUCCCACAAUAACAAUAUGUCGGGAGUCCGAGUAGUCAGACAGAGCAAAUUCCGGCACGUGUAUGGGCAGGCGGCCAAGCGGGAGAAUUGUUACGAAGGCAUUCGCAUCACAAAAUCGUCUAACGAUUCCAAUUUCGUCGCCAUUAACCCCAAAUUUAUGGCCGUUAUAACGGAGGCCGCCGGGGGAGGCGCGUUUUUGGUCCUCCCUCUUGAAAAGUUCGGCAAAAUCGAAAAGGACUACCCAUUGGUACUAGGACACAAAGGUCCUGUUCUCGAUCUAGCCUGGUGCAAUUUUAACGAUAACAUUAUAGCCUCGUGUUCCGAAGAUACUACCAUUAAAAUAUGGCAAAUACCCCCUAGAGGAUUAGGAAGGUUACCCUUGGAAGACCCCGUGGUCGACUUGACGGCUCACGAUAAGAGGGUCACGCAAGUCGCUUGGCACCCUUCCGCUAACAAUGUUCUUUUAAGCGUCGGUGGGGACCUAAAAAUCCUGAUAUGGAACGUUGGUAUGGGCGAAGUUCUUUUUGAGUUAUCCAAUCAUCCCGAUCUCAUAUACUACGCCAGUUUCAAUUACGACGGAAGUCGCAUCGUCACCGUCUCCAAAGACAAAAAAAUUAGGACUAUGGACUCUAGGACCGGGAAAAUAUUCAAGGAAGGAAAAUGUCACGAAGGUGCCAAACCUCAACGAGCUAUUUACCUCAAGGAUGGCGCUAUUUUUACUACCGGUUUCUCGAAAAUGAGCGAAAGGCAAUACGCACUUAGGACAGAGGAGGAAAUUGAUAAUCCCAUAAUACUCGAAGAACUUGAUAGCUCAAAUGGUGUCCUUUUUCCUUUCUACGACCCAGACACGAAUCUCAUGUACUUAUCCGCCAAAGGAGAUGCGAGCAUCAGAUAUUACGAAAUUACCGACGAAUAUCCAUAUAUCCACUACAUUAACGUGAAUACAUCGACCGAGUCCAUAAGAGGAUUGGGGUUUAUGCCUAAAAGGGGAGUUAAUGUUACCACCAACGAGAUCGAUAGAUUUUUCAAGAUAACCACUAACGGUUUUUGCCAAGUGACUCAUUUUGUAGUUCCACGUAAAAGUGAGAAUUUUCAAGAUGACCUCUAUCCCGAUACAGCCUCCGACGUACCAGCCCUCAGUGCCGAGGAAUGGGCAGCUGGGAAAAAUCAUGACCCCAUAUUGAUGUCAAUGAAAGAUAUCGCUGCUUCUUCCGAAAAACAACAAGAGUUUAAAGCCACCAAGAAGGCCAACGUUUUAAAUAAAAUGCCUUUAAAAGCCGGCCCUGGUUCCCCUGUAUCACAAACCGAUUCCGCCGAAUUAAAAUCGCUCAUGAAAGAUUUCAAGGACAUACAAGACAAUUUCAAAAACUUCAAACCCGAAGAUUUGCUCAAAGAAAUUUAUUUCCUCAAGGAAACCAUGAAAUCUUGCGAAAAACGAUUGACGAAUCUUGAAAACAAGUGUAAAUAAAUAGAUUAUCUUGUAGCGCGUUUCUUCGGGAGUAAAGAUUAUACUAAAAUAAUUAUAACAAAAAAAAUAUCCGCUAUAAAAAACAAACACCAAAAACGAAUCGUUGAAUAUUAAAAAAAACAUAACUUUUUUGGAUUUUACAUAACAAUCUUUUAACCGCGUAAAUUUUUUUUUCUCUACUGCCUAUUAUAACAUUUGCCUAAUAUCUUUAAAACGAUAAGCUAAUAUAAUUUUUUUUUAAUCCUUCCCCUACAUUCAGCUAGCGCUAACUCUCAGCGAUUUAUACAAAAUGAAUGUAAAAUUAUUAUAUUCAUAUCAUUUUGUAUACUUCGCUGCGAAUUCGCGCUAACUAUGAAUGCAGGGUUAGCUUAAAUAAUGCACGCGAUUUUUUUUAUUAUAAAAAAUAAUCUAAAUUUGAUAAAAACAAACUAAUUUUGUUUUUAACAAAAUCAUAUUUUGAUUAAUCAAAAAAAUAAUCUCAACAUUUUAAACCUUUUAUUUUAUUAUAAUUUUUAUUUAUUAAUUUUUAUAAAAACAAAAUUACGUUUAGACCUAUGUAUACCAUGUGAUAUAUAAAUAUAAUAUUUAUUAUUUAGUUUAUUUUAUUUUUUAAAAAAAGUCAUAUUUUUUUUGUUUGUAUCUUGGAAAUUAUUAUUAUUUUUGAUCAUAUUUUAAAAAAUCCAAUAUUAUGUCACAAUAAUUGUAUCCAGGUUCCAAUAUAUUAUAU